GUGAUCUUAUCUGGGUUCUAUUCUUUACCUUUGAGAGAGAGAGAGAGAGAGAGAUAUGGGGAAGUUAUCAAAGCAUGUUGGAGUGUUGGGCAUAGUUUUGAUAAUGGUUGCAGUAGUUGUUGGGAUAGGGGAAGGGAGGCGAUAUGAGAAAGACAACUUUGGUGGUGGUUUAGGGGGUGGUGGGGGUGGAGGUGCUGGUGGAGGGUUUGGUAAGGGUGGUGGAAUUGGAGGUGGUGCAGGAGGAGGACUUGGUGGUGGCGGUGGUGCUGGUGGAGGUGCUGGAGGUGGUGCUGGAGGUGGUGCUGGUGGAGGUGCCGGAGGAGGACUUGGGGGUGGUGCUGGUGCAGGUGGUGGACUUGGUGGUGGUGCUGGUGGAGGUGCUGGAGGAGGACUUGGUGGUGGCGCUGGUGCAGGGGGUGGGCUUGGUGGAGGUGCUGGAGGAGGACUUGGAGGUGGGGGUGGUGCAGGAGGUGGAGGAGGAGCUGGUGCUGGUGGAGGUUUUGGAGGUGGAGCAGGUGGAGGAAUAGGUGGUGCCGGCGGCGGUCAUUAGAAUUAAAUUAAUAAUUCUAAGCACAUGAAUGG